CCAGGAAGUCCACAUAGGAGGGAGCAGACGUCAAGCCAUAAACAUGGUGUCUCUGAUCUGCACCAUACAAAGUCAUCGAGAUGAUGUAAACUGCUGCGCUUUCUCCAGCUCUCUGCUGGCCACCUGCUCUGCUGAUAAAACCAUUUGCGUGUACUCCACCCGAGACUUCAGCGAGCUGCCCUUCUCCCCGUUGUCCGGACACGGCUACGGGGUUCACUGUUGUUGCUUCAGCGCCUGCGGUCAGUACCUGGCCUCCUGCUCCACAGAUGCCACCACUGUGGUGUGGGCGAUGGACACCGGGGAGAUCGAGGUCGUCCUGGAGCAUCCUGGCCGGAGUCCCGUUAGGGUGUGCGCCUUCUCUCCUGAUUCAACACAUAUCGUUUCUGGAGGAUCAGACGGUACAAUUGGGCUGUGGGAUUUUACCUCUAGGACCCUACGCAGGACUGGUGCAGUGACUGACACCAGUAUAGUAGCCUGCUCUUUCACUCCCUGCAGUCAGCUGUUCAUCACCGGCUCCACAUAUGGAGACCUCCGUCUGUGGGACCUGAAUAUGAACCAUCUCCAUGCAGAGAAGAAUGCCCAUGACCUUGGGGUCACCUGCUGUCAGUUUGCUCCCCAGAUAAUGAAGGACCUAGAUGGCUGUAUUCAGUUUCGGCUGGCAUCAUGUGGACAGGACAGUUUACUGAAGAUCUGGAUUGUUUCUCUUCUGUCUUCUGGAGGUGUCAAAAUGCAGCUCGCUCACACUCUGACGGGUCAGUCUGCUCCAGUUCUGUCCUGUGCCUACUCUGCUGAUGGACAAAUGUUGGUGUCAGGAUCUGUGGAUAAGACCGUGACUGUGUAUCAAGCUAAUGAAGGGAUCUUACUCUACACACUUAACCAACAUGACAGGUAUGUGACAGCCUGUGCUUUUUCCCCUACGGACCCCAUUAUCGCGACCGGCUCCAUGGACAAGACCGUCAACAUCUGGAGAGUAGAGGAUAGCAGCAUGGCUCAGGGCAAAUCUCUUCCUGAUGAAACUGCUUCAGUUUCAAGCAACGAAGACAGGAAGUUGCGAGGACACUCUAAACUGAUGGUGACCGAGUGGUCUGAGGAGGAUGUGUUGGCAUGGUUACAGGAGGAGGGGCUAGAGGCUCUGAUUGACGUCUUUAAAUCCAAUAAUAUUGAUGGGAAAGAACUGCUCUCACUCUCUAAGGAAAGCCUCAGCUCUGAGCUGCACAUCGAGUCCCUGGGCCUGAGAAAUAAAGUCAUGAAUAAAAUCGAGAAUUUGAAGAUGGCUCCAGUCUCUGAUGGCACUCCUGACGAGUAUCUUUGUCCAAUCACACGUGAGAUCAUGAAGGACCCAGUGAUCGCUGCGGAUGGCUACUCAUACGAACGGGAGGCGAUCGAGAGCUGGAUCACCACGAAGAGUCGCACCAGCCCUAUGACCAACCUGCCCCUGCAGACUACCCUUCUGACUCCCAAUCGCACCCUAAAAAUGGCAAUUUAUCGUUGGACCACUAGCCAGUGAUUUCCAUCUUUGCUCUGUAGUGAAUCCCAAAUAAUUCUGACCCCAGUUUAGCCAGUAAGACUUUACCAGUAAGCUCACUGUAACUGAGGUCGGUAGAUCUACAAAGACCGCUGAUCAGAAUUCUCUCUAGAACUACUGAAGAUCACCUAAGCUAGAAGCUUAGAACCUUUGCAUGCUGUACGUGUAGUGUGUUUACUUUCAAAGGUGCACUUAGUAUUUUUUGUUUAUGAUGAUCUUGCCUAUAUGGCAGUUGUCUCUGACUAAAGGUGCGGUAAAUCUAGGCUUUGAGCAUGCACUGGACUAGAAUAUGAUGUCACAAAAAAGUAAAUAAUACAUCACAAAUAACAAAUAAUAUACUAUUUGUUUAAUAUAGACUAAUAUAUUACAUUCAGUAUAUGUAAAAUAUAUCAUCUCACUUUCCUGCAACUAUAAAACAAUUAGCUUUGAAAUAUUUAUUCUUUGUAUUGAGCCAAGAGGUCAGCGUGUGAUGUUUCGAUCUUCUGUUGGUCAUGCAUCCUCUCGUCAUAUGGAUUCGAGGGUCAGGUCAGAUGACUUGGAUCUUGACUUAAGCUCUAGUUAAGCCUUAAUGAUGUGCAGUGAGAGAGGUCUAUGCUGUCAUCCAUCAGAAAAUUGAUAGUAGUUAUGCGGUAGUCUCAUGCAGAUUGAAGAGAAAGUGGUCCAUAAUAUUCAGCCUAAAACUUUUAAAUACCUAAAUGAGUUACCCAUCAGUAACUCUUGAUUGGUCUUAACCAUCAUAAUAAGUGUUUAUCAUCCACUUUAUUUUAAGGGCCAGUUUGCUGGCAUAAUUAUACUGUUUUUAGCACAUAAUUAUGAUUCCUCUUGCAGCUUUUCUUUACCUCUCAAUGUGACUCACUGGACAGAAUAGAGGUGAAAUCCUUUAAGUCAGUUUUUCAGGACAAGCUUUACUUCAGGUAUAACUUGUACCCUGCUAGUAGGACUUGAAAAUGUUAUCUGUAUGUGCCAUAUGAUCUAUGUAUAUUAUGAAAUAUUCUUUGUUUACAUACUGUAGCUUUAAACACUCUUUUCAUCUAGGAAUAAUAGUAGAAUGUAUCCAUUGUGUAUGUUCAUUGUAACCAAUUCAGUGUCUGUCUUCCCAUUUCAUGGCUUUAUUAUGUAGCUAAAUUAGAGCACUUUUUAGGACCUGUCUGAUGACUUUACACUUACGUUUAGUCAUUUAGCAUUGUCUUCAUAUCUGUAGCCAGUCUUACCUAUAUGAGCCAUUGGGUUUGAUGCUUUGAUAAACCUGCUGAGAUUUAAAGCAUUCGACAAUAAAAUCAUAAACUGUUUUACAGCUGGCUGUGUUGGCAUGCUAUUAAGAUUAAUUAGCAUCGCUAUUAUUGCUCGGGGUUAUGUAUUUAAUUCUAAUUAUUAAACUAUGGGAAGUAACUCAUCCCACAGUAUUUGUGCUAAAAUACAAUAAAUCA